GCCGCUGGAGUGAAGUAGUGUAUACUAUGAUGUCGUGGAUAUAUCGCAUCUGAGCCAGAUGCUAGCCGUUAGACAUUUCAGGAGUGGGACGGAAGCCGGUGCUUGAGUGGGAUUGGUAAGAGCUAGGAAUUGAAGAUUGUAGAUUCAUCCUGGCUACAAAUGACUGCACAUGCAAGUCUGAUGCAAAUUCACAACGUAAGUGAUAAGCAAAACUUGCGAGCCGGCCUGGUGAUCGAUACUGGCACACCUCAGGGCCAAACACGACCGUGAGUCUGGAAAAGCGUCUGUUUGACUCUUGAUCAUGGCUACUCAGCGCCGUAUCACAUGACUGACGCUCGGGUCUUGGCGCACCUUCCCAAUAACAAGAGCUCGCGCUGUUGCCUUUCUGCUUCCUCACCUUCAUUCAAUAUGGAUGGUCAACCGCCACACGAUGGCAUUCAGUUUUCAAACAACAUCCCAGCCAACCCUGUCACCCCGGUGACCCCAGUAAACCCAGUCGACCCAAUCGACCUAGUAACCCCAGAAAAAGCAACCAAUCCAGCCAACUCAAGCUCACAGUAUGCGUCAAGAGCAGACGAUCCUGCAUGGCAGGCCGAGCAGCACUUGCGUGGUCUGGACAUCGUCGACGACAUCUACGCUAAGCUUGCGAAGUGGGACGCGGGUGAGCUCGAUGAGCUGCCGCGGAUCAACGAAAAGAUGCGCGCGUGGCUUGGAACGAGAUUUCCAGACAUUGCGGAGAUCUGGAACACGGAUCUUCGGAACCGUUACCUCGCUGCUCGUUCGGAGUUUGCGCUGCGUAGGGUAAGGGGUGUCCCGCGUCCCAGUUCAAAUCCGUCGGCCACGCCUGGAACCAGCAACCACGCAUCUGAGCCUGAAAUCCUCGAGGAAGAGGAAGCAGCGGAACAAGCCACCGAAAGUGAGCUUGAGAACGACAUGUUGCAAAGUCCAGGUUCGAACGGAAGAGCCGAUGCGACCCUUGAGCAUACAAGUGACGCCACCGGGGCAACAAGUAAUACACCUGUACGCCGAAGUCAGCCCAGGGCAGCGAAGGCUGUCCAAGGUGCUGCGGUCAGCAAGCGUGUUCCUGGCAAAAAGCGAAAGGGCCCAGCAAAACUCAAACUUACCAUCCCGCAUUUCGAGAGUUUCAUCUUCCUCCCAGAAGGUGAUACUGAUGGCCGCCGUGAGCCCAUAUCGAAACUCCCUGAAGCGACUGCUGCUUGCCUGCAAGCUUCCCUCGAGACGCUGUUCCAAUUGGACCACCAAAGAGCUUGUACGGUUACGCGGCCAGAGAACAGUGGUACCUACGUGAACUCGCAGAUAUGUCUCGGAAUCCACAUACUGUCUCGGGACAGGUCGAAGUUCGCUCCAUUGACCACCUCUUGUUCAACAUGCAAUCGCUUUCCUGACAAGCGUCCUUGCGUUCGACUUGAGAUCGAUCCCGCAACUUCUGAGACUGUCUUGGUGUUCUACCCCAGACCCUCGGAUCAUCAAUUUUCGGCCGUAUGGACCGAACCAGGGUUCUGGCUGGGCCCUGGAGUUUGGCAGCCUAGCUUGGUUUGAUCAAUACCUACACCUGUAAAGGUGGCACUCCACGUCUGUAAAGUCAAUCCUCCCAAGUCCAAUGCGGCUCCUGGCCUUCUCAAGAAUCCGCU